UUGGAUGAAAAGGAUUAUUCGACAAAACGUGAAUCAGACGUCUUUGUCUCUCGUGUGGCCACACAUCCGUGGGCAGAUUCGGCUGGUGCAGGCACGGUCUAGAGAGACGGCUGCCCCUGUGUCGAGCUAAGGCCCCUGAUAAUUUGGUGGCAAAUGGCAAUAGUGUGAUUUUUUUUGGUAUGUAAUGUACGCACGUACACCCGGCAAAAAAAAAAAAAACCCACUCGUUUUGAGAUAAAAAAAUAAAGUAGUCGGGGAGCACCGCCUCACUGCCGUCUGCGAGUCGCAAAGCGAUUCGAUGUUGAGCAAAUGCAGAGAGUGCUGCAACAGCGCGGCGUGUCCGGACAAGGUGAAGAGGGAGCGGGGUUUGUAAUCCACCUUCAUCAUCACUUGCGGUGUACCCGUGCCUGCCGUACCAACCCCCUAGCAAUCCCCGAAAACCCUGUCCCUCCAGCAUCCCCCGCCGCUACAUCCCGGGCAGGAUGGAGGGAAAGAUCACCGAGUCGGGACUCAACGUGACGCUCACCAUCCGUCUGCUCAUGCACGGCAAGGAGGUGGGAAGCAUAAUUGGAAAGAAAGGGGAGACGGUGAAGAAGAUGCGAGAAGAGAGCGGCGCACGGAUAAACAUCUCGGAGGGCUCGUGCCCCGAACGGAUCGUCACCAUCACCGGACAGACGGAUGCCAUCUUCAAAGCCUUCUCCAUGAUCACCAACAAGUUUGAGGAGGACAUCAACGCCUCGAUGGCGAACAGCGCGGUGACAAGCAAGCCCCCCGUGACGCUCCGCCUCGUGGUGCCGGCCAGCCAGUGUGGCUCCCUCAUUGGGAAGGGCGGCUCCAAGAUCAAGGAGAUCCGAGAGUCGACAGGAGCGCAGGUGCAGGUGGCGGGCGACAUGCUUCCCAACUCGACGGAGAGGGCGGUGACCGUGUCAGGCGCCCCUGAGGCCAUCAUCCAGUGCGUCAAGCAGAUCUGCGUCAUCAUGUUGGAGUCCCCUCCAAAGGGAGCCACCAUCCCCUACCGACCCAAGCCUCCUGCUGCACCCGUGAUCUUUGCCGGAGGGCAGGCUUACGCUCUGCAGGGGCAGUACGCCGUCCCUCACCCGGAGCAAGUGUGGAUGCCACUGCCGAGACAAGUGCUCAUGAACUCCGCUUUUCCCAUGAUACAGGGCCACAGCAAGAUUAAUGAGCUGCGAGAGCCCGUGCCCGCUCACGUGAAAUUCCCACCGCCCUCGUCAGCAGCCCAGGCACCGCCGAUACCGGCGCCGCCGCCGCCGCCGCUGCCACACGACCCACAGGAUCCCACGCUGCUCAUUCCCACCGCCUCGGCCCCCUGUCAUAGCCAUGCGCUGAUGAUCCAGAGCGACCACGCGCACGCACAUCAUCAUCACCACCACCAGCAGUACCAGCAGCAGCAGCACCAGCACCACCAGCAGCACCACCAGCAGCACCACCAGCACCAGCAGCAGCAGCAUGCGUCCAGCCCCACCACAGGACUGGCGCAUUAUCUCUCCAGCAUCAGGUGGGCGGCUCCCACCCCGCCCCGGCGUACCCUCUACGUCCUGUGAGCCGUGGCAGUCGGGGGUGCUUGGUUUGGUUUGGUGGGGCAGUGCGGGAACUCGCUGGCAAAGACACGAAUUGGACCUCUUAAGUCUUUAGGCGCUUGUGGCGAUCGGUGCCCCCCCCCCCC